GACUGCCGGACUCCUCCCGGGAGGGCCGGCUCUGCGCUCCUGGGCCUGCCAGCUGUGGAGAACCCGCGGGAACUGCGCAUGGAACCUCCGGGCCCGCAGGUGCGGUCGCUGGGAGGCGCCGCGGAGGUCCAGAUGUGCCAAGCCAUCUUCCCUUCCCACGCUAACCACCGUGGGGAACUGAGCGCCGGCCAGCUGCUCAAGUGGAUUGACACCACUGCCUGCCUGGCAGCUGAAAAGCAUGCUGGAGUCUCCUGUGUAACAGCAUCAAUGGAUGACAUACAGUUUGAAGAAACAGCCAGGGUUGGACAGAUUAUCAUUAUCAAAGCUAAAGUCAUCAGAGCAUUCACCACCAGCAUGGAGAUUGGCAUUAAAGUCAUAGUACAAGAUACACUUACCAGAUCUCAAAAACUUGUUAGUGUGGCAUUUUCUACGUUUGUUGCUAAACCGGUUGGAAAAGAAAAGAUUUGUUUAAAGCCAGUCACCCUUCUGACAGAACAAGAUCAAGUGGAGCAUGAUCUGGCUUCAGAGAGACGAAAAGUAAGACUUCAGCAUAUGGACACCUUCCAAAGCUUGAUGAAGGAGAACAGCAAGUUUGAUGAUGCCAUCUGUGAACAAGAGGAUGGUAUGAUUUCAACUGGUGAUACCUGGGUACAGAGCAUUGAACUUGUCCUCCCACCACAUGCAAAUCAUCAUGGAAAUACAUUUGGGGGCCAGAUUAUGGCUUGGAUGGAGACAGUGGCUAACAUUUCAGCAAGCCGCCUCUGUAGCUCACAUCCCAUUCUAAAGUCAGUGGACAUGUUUAAAUUUUGGGGACCAUCUACCAUUGGUGAUCGCCUUGUCUUCAAUGCCAUUGUGAAUAAUACUUUUCAGAACUGGGUUGAAGUUGGGGUUCGUGUUGAGGCUUACAACUGUGAUGAAUGGUCUAAAGGCCAAGGGCGACAUAUCAACAGUGCUUUUCUCAUUUAUUAUGCUAUUGAUAAUAAUGAAGAACUCAUCAUUUUCCCUAGAGUCAAGCCUAUUUCAAAGGAUGAUGUUAGAAGAUAUCAUGGGGCUAUUAUACGUAAGAGAAUACGACUUGGCAGGAGAUACGUUAUUUCUCACAAAGAAGAUAUUCCACUUUGUGUUCACUGGGAUACAAACAACCAGGCAUAUUUGAGUCACAGCAAUGUGGAUGCUCUCAAAGCCCUGGCAGCCAAAAGUGGUUGGGAGAUCACAAGUGCUGUGGGAAAGGUCAAAAUGCAUACCUUGGAGGAGAGAGAUGUUUUGUCAGUGUGGGUAGAAAAGCAAGUAGGGAGACCAGCUAAAUUAGCUUUUAGCCUCCUGUCUGACUUCACGAAGCGGCCUCAGUGGGACCCUCAUUACUUGUCUUGUAAGGUCAUAGAUUGGGUGAGCGAUGAUGACACAAUAUAUUAUAUCACCUGUCCAAAAGUGAGUAGCAGUAAACCCAUAGAUUUGGUUGUCCUUGUAUCACGAAGAAAACCUGUCAAAGAUAGUAACACUUACGUAGUAGCAAUGAAGUCCGUCACCCUGGCUUCGGUCCCACCUUCUCCACAGUACAACAGAAGUGAGAUCACGUGUGCGGGAUUCCUGAUACAGGCUGUUGACAGCAGCUCCUGCACGGUAUCAUACCUGAUCCAAAUUUCUUCUAGCACUCUGCCUUAUUUUGCUGGAAAUAUUGGUGGCUGGUCAAGGUCCAUUGAAGAAACAGCUGCUUCAUGUAUCCAGUUCAUAGAAGAAACUAAUGACACAUUUAUGAACAAAUAAUAUUUUAAAUAGUACAGCUCUCAGUGGUGUGUUUGUGGAUUGUAGAUUGUGUGGAUUACUUGAAGCAGUGUUUUUAUUCCAAGUCCACUUUUUUCUGAUAUCUAAUAGGCUUGUGGACCAAGGAACUAACUUUUUAUUAGCCUAAAUAACAUGGAAUCAGGGAGAUAUUGAAGAAAAUCAUAAAAUUCAUUCCUAGUACUUCAGGGAUCAGUGAUUUUGUGGGUGUGAGCCUUUCUUUCACCUGUAUCAAUCACAACCACCCCCAUCUUACCAGAUGGUUUGAUGAACUGCUGUGGCCAAGCCCCUAGCGAGGAGUCUUUCUAACCUUAGCUGUUCCAGUGUUGGAUGACAGAUGCACCAUCUUUCCAUAGGUUCAUACUGAAAGAUUUUACAGCUUACAAAGAGUGGCCAAAGCGUGGUAUCUGCUGAUACAGCCCUCUAAAAUCUAGGCUCACUUUAGUAUCACAGUGAAGCACCAGAGUGGAUCUUUAGUGGAGUGUACCUUACAAGGUCAGGUUUAAAUGAUUAUUUAUUUGUACACUGUACUAGAUCCAUCAUGCUUCCCUCUGGUGACUUGGAUAACUGAAAGUUGACUGUUAUGUAGUAUUAUAUAUAUGUUAUGUAAAUUGAUAUAGAAUCAGAAAAGGUGCUCUUAAAUUUUUUUUUAAAGAACUAAAUGGUUGUAAUAGUGUGACUGGUGAGCAAUUUACAUCUUUGGAAAACUUAAAAUGAAGACUGGUUAGAAACUGAAUAGUUGAUUAAUAGGAUGACAUUGUUUCAUGGGAACAGCAGGUGCCUGUAUGUCAGAAGCAUCUGACAAGAUGUAUUACACUUUUAAAGCUUGAAAUUAGGAGGACAUUAAAACAUAAUGGAAUUCAAUCAAUUUCAGUAAUAGGAACUACUUACUGGUGUCAUUUAAUAUAUAUUCAAGGUGGCUGAUCAAUUUAGUAUCUAUUGCUAUAUAUACAUGUAAAGUACCUGCAAAAUGUGAUAUCGAGGGGUAAAAGAACAUUAAGUGAACUCUUCUUUCAGAACUAUUAUAUUAGCACUUUAUUCUUUGACAUUCAUUCUUCUAGUCUAGUUAUCUAUGAAUUGGAUAGGUCCUAAAGGCAAAUCAGCCCUUUCUAGGUGAGUCUCCUCUUUGGGAGAAUUUUUCUGCAGUCUAAAUCAGGGUUUCUUAAACUUUCCCCCCUCACAACCCCUUUUUACACAAGAGACUUUUAUGUGAUCCUACGUAUAUAGGCACAUAGAUAUACAAAUCACAAUUUAAUGAUAACAAAUUAUGAUCCCCACAUUCAUUUAUGAGACUCCAUAUUAGGUCAUGAACCACAGUUUACAAAGGUGAGAUCUAAAGAACCAUUUACUUGAGGUUUCUCAAGUUCUUAUUGAAGUCAGGACCCUCUCUUUAGUAUUCUGCCACUGUUGGCUACCCCUUCAAAUUCUCCACCCCCUCACACCUUUCCAAUAUAUUGGAAAGGUAAACAACUUCUAAUUUUUUUUAAAUUUUCCCUCGGUAUGUCCUAAACAGGGCUUUUAUAAAUAAAGUCUAUGAUUAUCCAGAGCUAUUUUUCUGGAUUUAUUAAAAAUGGAAUAAUGACCAUAAAGAUUAAAAUCAUUGUAUAUGUAUUAAAUUCAGGAGAAAAACAGAAAAUAAGAAAUGAUUUAUAUAGAAAUAUAAACUGAAAAUAACUGAAAUUUUUUUUUCCAAAAAUCUCAACGGCUUUUUAGAUUGCUUUUUGAUAAUAGGGAAAAAUGUAAGCUUAACAAUACAAGGGCAGUUAGACCACAAAUUUAUAUUGCAGUAUUUUUUUUAGCCCUCUCAUACUGUCAGAUGGCCCAUACAACUGAGAUUUCCAAAUACUGUCUGCUUGCCCUUAACAACAAUAUGGUGUUUGGGUUUGCACCUUCUGAAGCCUUUUUAAGACUGUAAAAGUUUGGUUAGUUGUACAGUGUGAGUCCAGCUUGAUAUUUCUCAGAUGUAAAGAUGCUGUCAAUUCUAGCCUUUAAUGUAGUCCUUAACAACAAAGGAUGGCUCCCUCCUUGUGAUUUUGAGGCCAAAUCAGAAUCCUUCCAGGCAUUCUGAUCCUAAGUUCCUCACGUCCCAGACUGAAAGAAUUCUUUCUAGUUUUCUUUUUAGCCCCAAAUAGUGAAAACUAAUUUUUUAUUCUUUCUAAAAGGCUUUAUGUUUAUACCUCCAACUGGAUCCUUCUCAGAAAGGGUCAGGAGGGACUUACACUGAGUCUCACUUUUUAACAUCAUUCGGGUUUAUUAAACCAUAACCUAAGCUGCCUAAUUUAGGACCUCGUUGAAAAUUAGAACAAAGCAUUGUUCUUUUAGGAUUCUUGGGCUUAUAAUUAUGGUAGUAACUUUAGUCACUGUAGUUUUAAAGAAACCCAGCAGAGAUAAGUGACAGUGACCACUGAAGGAGCCUUAUUUUAAAUAUGCUCAAGAUGCCUUGUUUCAUAUGGUCUUAAAACAGUAUUAUUAAAAUUUAGUAAGUCAUAGUAGUGGUAUAAUUCAACAACAGCUCUAACCUUCACAUGUUCUUUUCAUUGGUGCAUGCUUAAACUCUCUGCCACCUCCACCCCAAAGUCCAUAGUCUUGAGCAGACAAUACAGCUCAAUUGGCAGUUUAGCUGCCCAUCGCUGGUCCCCAAUGAAACUCAAAAGGGCAGUUGCAAGUCCUGAAGUUACAAGUUAUUACUUUUUAGAUUUCAGACAGCAGAAGUCCUUGAUUUAAUGUCCUCUCCAAAUUAUUAGGGACUUUGCUAACCUGUCAUUAAAAGCUUUUUGCACGAGGCAUGUCAUUUUUGGUAUUUCUUCUUAGUUCUUAAAGCAACCAAACUUUCUGAUCUUCUGGACACCAAAUUCCUCUACUUUUGGCCAAGCGGACUACGUUGCUAUGGCCUGGUACUCUUGAUGUAUGUUUUCUGGGUCUCCUGGAUGUUGUUGCCUAAUACCUGCUUGUGCCAGAACUGAUGAUCUGGUUAGUGCCUUUUGUUUACUACCUCACUUUGCAAUGCAAACAGGGAUGAAAAUUAUGAUUUCAAAAAAUCUGAUUCUCAACAUAAUACAUAGUUGAUUCUUAACUAUGUGUUAUGUGUCCCUAACUAUGGCAGAUAAGAGAAGUAUGGUUUAUAUUUUUUACAUGCAUUCAAUGACUUUUGUCCAAAGCAAUAAAUAAAUGUAUUCAUAUAUUGCUUGAUACCUACAGCCAUA